AUGAUAGAAUUAGAGCUAUAAUGUGCAAAUAAACACUAGAAGCCUAUUCUUAGUGUAAUUUUUGAUAACAAAUACAUAAAUAAUCAAAAACUCUUAUGUCAUGAAUGUAUGGAAACUUUUACUGAAGAUACUCGUAUUAUUGGGUUUAAAGUAGUUAACCAGAUGAUUGCAGAAAGUCAGAAGCAAAAAAGAGAUUUUUUUGAAGUCCUGAUAGAUAACAAUUAAGGGAUAUUAAAAUCUAUUCAACUUAGAUUAGUAGAGUUGAAAUCAUCAAUAAUUUAAGAAUUAGAUUUACUAGAUCAAAUCACAAAUUCUUGGAUCUAAAGUUUAAAUAAUAUUAAAUCAGAUAGAGCUGCUUUUAGUUUCUUUGAAGAAUUAGAUAAGAUAAUAGGUUAUGGAAAGGAAAAAGUAAGUGAGAUGAAUAAAUAAACGAUAUUUAAUGAAAUUAAAGAAACAAAUAGUUUAUGGAAUGUAAAAUUUAUAAAUAAACUAAAUAAAUUUAAUAUGUUUGAAGACUGUUUGAAAUGUUAAGCAAUUUUAUAAGAUCUAACCCUACAAGAAUAAGGAAAGCUUCAUACUAAUCAAGCAUAAUUUUCUGAUAUAGUAGAUACCUAAUACAAAGCUAUUAAAUGUAUCUUCAACCAAUACAUAUUAUAGCCUCAAAAUUAAUAAGAAUAUGUUAACUAUUUUAGAAACAAUGUAAUAAAAUAAAAUUCUUUUGAAGUUUCAAAUAAUGAAUUCUAAAAUAUUUUUUCACUUUUUAAAAAGGAAUUCUUGGAAAAUGAUCAAUUCAUAUUCAUAAAUAACAACAAGGAAAGAUUUGAAAUCUUUCACCAAGAAUUUUCAUAGAAAUUAAAGAAAUCUAAAGAUUAGUUAUUAGAUAUGAGACAAUUUUAUUCUUAGGUAAUUCUCUACGAUGUUGUAGCAAAGGCUGAUAUCUAAAACUAUUUAGAUAAUCAAUUUAUAAAUGAUAUUAUAUACCUUAAGGAGAGAAAAAGUGAGAGUUUUAAAUCUAUACUUGAUUGCUUUCAAAUUGAAUAUGAUAUGUAGUUAGCAAAUAACGCUUUUUCUAACUUCUUUACAAAUAGUCGGGAAUUUAAAAAUUCAUUCAAAUUUAAGAAUAAUAAUAAUUUAGAAAUUGAUUUGUCUAAUACAUAAAUUAGCUAAAAUUUUAAGUGCACAUAUAAAGGUUUGAAAGUGAUUUAAAUAAGUGAUCAAUCGUGGAAUAAUAACUUAAAAUUUAAAAAAGAACUUUAAUAACAAUAUAUUAUAAUCAAUACAUAAAUUGAAAUUUACCCUAGUUAAAAUUAGUAUUAAUAAUUAUUAAACUACAUAAAGUCUCCUUAAGGUGAUAUUCCAAAAAAUAUUCGUAGUAAUUUUCUAAAAUAAUUUAAUACAAUUAUGAUUGAGUAAAAUUGUUGGGAGAAACUUUAUAAAGAACUUUACGAUUUAAUAAAACAAGAAAUUGGCUCUUCAAAAUCUACAAUUAAUCAUAAAGGUUAUCAAAAUAAUAAAGUAGAUGAGAAUAUUUCAUCUUGCAAUCCUUCUAUAAUUAAAAGAAUAAUUUAGUAGGUUUAAAAUAACAUUUAAGUUAAAUAUAACAAUUAAUUUGCUUAAUUUGGUGUAAUUUUAACUGAUAUCGGAGAAAAGUGCAUCUUUUAUUAUUCUAUGUUAAUUACAUGGAGAUUUUUUUGUCGAAACGAAGGAAUCAAUAAUGAAAUAAUUAAAAUAUUAUGUCAAUUAUUAAACUGA